GUUAUUAUAGAAGGGUGUUAUUCUUCUAGGCCUUGUGUUUACGUGAUUUACCUUUUCACGGGCAUGUUAUUGCAUUAUACAUGAUAAAAAUUGGAAAGAUAUUGGAAAAAAAUUGGAAAGAUAUUAAAAUCAUUCAUCAGCACGCUAAUUAGUGUGGAUAAGACUCGCUUUUCUUCAAAAUGGCCCCUGGAAAUGACGCACAAGGUGCUGGUAAAUUUUGUCUCAAGUGGGAUGGAUUUCACAGCAAUUUGACCUCAGUAUUUGAGACAUUGAGGCAGGGAGAGGAACUGGUGGAUAUUACAUUGUGCUGUGAAGGCAAGAAGUUGAAAGCACACAAGAUGAUGCUAUCAGCUGCCAGCCCAUUCUUCAGAGAUCUUCUACAGGAGAACCCUUGCCAGCACCCAGUGUUUGUCUUGCGUGACACAAGAUGCCAGGACAUGGCAGCUAUCAUUGAGUUUGUAUACCGUGGCAGUGUAAAUGUGUCACAGGCACAGCUGGCCAGCUUCAUUCAGACUGCAGAGCUGCUGCAAAUCCGAGGCCUCAGUGGUGAUGAGGAUGCUAAACAGCGUGAGAGCCGGCCGCCGAGCGUUGACGCAGUGCCCACUGAGCCACCUCCUAUGCCGGCAUUCCGCGGUAGCAACCGCCGGUCCGCCUCACCACCGGGCACGCCCCAGCGGUACCGUCCCGCCCCCGGCGGCCGGCCGGAGCCGACCACGCCGCCGGCCAAACGGCGCCGGCCGUCGGCCGCGUCCCCUCCGCCUCCUCCGGCUGUGCUGGCGGCGCCGCCCGAGCCGCCCGGCGCUCCGCCGCCGCUCCCCGACCUCCACGAGCCCGUGGUCAAGCAGGAGAAGUUCGAGGAGUCGGACGAGGUGCAGGUGUACGAGUCCAGCGUGCCGCCUGGCCUGGAGCAGAUGAUCUUCGCGCCGCAACAGUACCCGCGAGCGAUGAACUCGUCGACAGGGAGCAUACCGCCCACGCCUGCAACCGGUGUAAACUCGUCAGAGGACAGUUCACAAGGGUCGACGCGCAGCGGCCACACAUGUCCCGUGUGCGGCCAGAGGUACUGGAGUCUGGCGUCGCUGCACAACCACGUCAGCCUGCACCGCGGCACCACGGUGUGUCCCGUCUGCAGCAAGAUCUGCAGCACCACCAGCAACCGGAACAGGCACAUGGCCAACAAGCACGGCGUCCAGAUCGGCUGGCGCAACGGCGGACCGGUGGUGACACCCAUCGCCUCGGCGACGGCGGGAGGAGGCGUCAGUUCGGGCGCCGCAGCGACAGGGGUCUCUGCAGUCGGCGACGGUACCGGUCUGGCAGCAGACGGAGCGGUCAGAGGAGGGUAUCCUGUCGGUGACUCGGAUCCAGGACUGGCCGGGGAGUAGCCGAUGGGUAGGGGGAUGAGUUGAGAAGAGUGGAGAUCCUCGGCAGGGAGAACGGUCGGACUUCGGAGGUCAUGGCGAUGUUGAGUGAUUUGUACAUUAUUGAGCUAAUUUUAAUACCCGGCAUUAUUUGACGGUGUUUCAAACAGGAACAGAAUAGAAUCGUCCACCAGACAUGUCACGUGUUCAGUGUCGUCUUUGCGCACAGAUGCCACCCAUCCUGUCCAUCAUGACCCAUUGGUGUCGUUCUUGGUUAUCAUAGCAUUGCCAUGUUUUAUCUGUUCUUAUUAGGGUAAGUCAUUCAUGCUGGCAUAUAUGACUUGUCCGAGUAGAUAUAUUUGCAUGUUGCUAUUAAAAUAUUUUAAUUACUGAUAUUUUGUAGAGGCUGCUGUGCAGCGGUAUUCUGACAAGUUAUAAUCCUCAUUUGCAUGAAUGGUCCACUCCCACUUUGUGCAUAAUGUUAAUAUUCUGAGAGGGUGAGACGUUGCUCUUGUUUUAUUUUAUCAGUAUAUCUGGUAAAUAUAGCUGUUGGUUCCCA